AUGGCGUCCGAGAAGUCCCAGAACCCCAUGAAGGAGCUUAAGAUCCAGAAGCUCGUCCUCAACAUUGCUGUGGGCGAGUCUGGUGAUAGGCUUACCCGUGCCGCCAAGGUGCUCGAGCAGCUUUCUGGUCAAACCCCCGUCUACAGCAAGGCCCGAUACACCGUCCGAAACUUUGGUAUCCGCCGUAACGAAAAGAUCGCUGUCCACGUUACCAUCCGUGGCCCCAAGGCCGAAGAGAUUCUUGAGCGUGGCCUCAAGGUCAAGGAGUACGAGCUCCGCAAGCGCAACUUCAGCGAGACUGGCAACUUCGGCUUCGGUAUCAGCGAGCACAUCGAUCUUGGUAUCAAGUAUGACCCCUCUAUCGGUAUCUACGGCAUGGACUUCUACUGCUGCAUGACCCGUCCCGGUGACCGUGUCGUCCGCCGCCGCCGCAUGAAGGGCAGGAUCGGUGCCAGCCACCGCAUCACCCGUAUUGAGACCAUGAGGUGGUUCAAGCAGCGAUUCGAGGGUAUCAUCCGAUAA